GGCUUCGAGACACCUUCAGUCUCGCAAUCAGUACACCGUUGUUGAUCAUUCAUUCCAUCAUAUCCUGUACAUAUCUCGCCCGCUUGUGUUUUUAGCCCACGACACAAUCCGACGCCGAGUCGUCGUCUUGUCACGUCAAAUCAUGUGUUCAAACAUCGCGAGCUGCAUUUAGCCUUCAGGCUCAGCGUAGUUUCGGUUGCUGGUGCUUGCUGCAUCCGAGUGAAAAUGUGCCGUGUGCUCACACUGAAGUCAAAGUCCUCCGAUCCUGGAUUACCUCAACGACCGACUUAGAAUGAUUUAUAGGAAAUUCUAGAAGCAAGAAUCUAAGCCAGCAUCAUGCUUGCAAAGGCCACCAGUUCGCCCCUAGUCGCGAAAAAGGACCAGGAGAUCCUCGGACAGUGGCUUCGCAGCAUACAUUUCGAGGAGUACCUCGCACUGUUCGUUAAUUCAGGUUACGACAUGCCUACGAUAUCGAGGAUGACACCCGAGGACCUCACAGCCAUCGGCAUCACGAAACCCACUCACCGACGAAAGCUUUUCACCGAGAUUUCGAAGCUCAACAUUUCCGAUGGCAUUCCAGACUACAAACCAGACAGUCUCUCACUCAUGCUGAAACUUCUACGUCUCGAGGAAUAUGAAACAACACUCGUGUCUCAGGGAUACGACUCCGUGGAUAAAGUCGCCGAAUUAACAUGGGAAGACAUCGACGAUAUCGGCAUUAGGAAAUUGGGGCACCAAAAGAAACUCACUUUGGCCAUUAGGAAAAUCAAGAACUUUCCUCGGUUUCAACCGGCCUUUCGGCCUAUACCUCCCUCUUCUUCGUCGCAUCAAUCUCUAGCGCGGCAUUCUUCGAUUGACUUAGGCAAUCCCCACGCGAGACCAAUAACCGUCCCUGUGCCGCCGGAUCAGUUCGACCAACAGUGGACAACCAUGCCACCUCUGCAGCAUUCGGUUUCUCAAACAGACUCGUUCACGUUCCCGCAUCUUCGUCAAGUGAAUUCAGGAACCGAUCUCCACAAACAGGAUAUCGACGAGCAAAUGUACUUUGCGUGGCAGCAGCAAACCGACAAUAUGUUUGCACAACAGCAAGCUCUCAGAGGUCGCUCCCUCGAGAGCCUUGAGCAAAAUUUCGAAUGGUACGACAUGGUGAACAGCUGGCGGACGCAAAUGAUGGCGGAUCAGAGCCAGCUCAUAGAAGGUACUUCAACUCUAAAUCGGCCGCGAGGUCUGAUAAAGGCCCGACCAGUGGCGAAGGUUCAAGGGACGUCAACUGUUUCCAUAAGAGACCAGAUCUCACUGGACGGCGAGGAUAUCUCUAAGCCUGAUUUGCUCGCGGGUCAGGGCCCUAUCCCUCCAAAACGGCUCAUAUCUUCCGGCGUUGUGAAGGCGCACGACGUUGGCGACACUGCGUUCGCGACUUGUGUUCAAAGUCUGACAUCACGUUUCACAUUGGACACUCGCGAAGACCAGUUGGACAAUAUAGAUGACGAGCCGGCGCUAGCUCUUCAGCUUUCCUCACCCAAUCAGAUUCCCAGACCACCGCCACCCGAGCCACCUCCGACACCUACCAAGCCAUCUGCACCCCAGAGGGACAAGUCUCCAAUACCGUCCGGGGAUAAUUCGCAAGUGGCGCCGCAGGUGAUCGAACUAAACCACGCAAUGCAAAGCGAACUCAAAAUGAAGCUCAAACAGAGAAACCACCUUGCUACGGGAAGCAGCUGUCUAGUAGCGGCAGCAUCGGGAGCACCGUCAACCCUACAAGCAGCACCCCUGAAACCCGGUCAGGAUCGAUCGUCGAAACCGGUAGCAAAAAGCGACGCCGAUCUUGAACGGGAGAAGUUCUUAGCGAAACUGGAGUCCGUUCGGAAGAAAAGCGAGAGGAAAGAAGAAGUCAAGACGGGCGGCAGGAAGCUCGCCGCCGGCAAAACGAGCGAACAGCCGAAUCAGAACUGCGUUUCUGACGCGAGCGACAGGGAUAGGUCCAAGCAAAGUCAGGAGACUCCGAGGCGGAACGAAAAAUACUCCAACACGACCAACGUCAACCACGCGGGCCGCCACAACGGCGGCGCCGGCGCUUCGAUCGAUAGAGAGAUCAGAUCCUUGCAGGAAUGUAUCCAGGCGUCAGUCAAAGAUUCGACGACGCAGAGUGGAGUAUCAACGGUGGAAGACGACGCGAACGAUUACGACACGAACCCUUUCACCGCUCUGUUGAGUAAAAUCGAGAAAAACAUAGAUAAGGAAUUCUUGGAGAGGAAGCGCAACGAGAAAGCCUCGGCUUCAGACGUCGCCGGUCCGACACCCCAAACAAGAAAUGUUUCUCAGACAUCAGCAGUGACGACGAUCGCGUCCUCGACAGUUUCAUCGUCCGCAUCAACGUCGAAGCCAUCGCCGAGUACAACGUCGAGUAAUAAUCAUACGUCAUUGCCUUCGUCAGCAGCCAUUCCGUCAGUGUCCGCGAAAAUUGACAGAAUCAAAUCCAUUGAAGUGAAACUAGACGCGUCCGCAGCAACCCCCGCUGCUGCGGUCGUUACAUCAUCAGCAACAACAACGGCCUCCCCUAUCAACAACCUCAACAAGGAACGCCCAUAUGAAAUUGCACGAUCGACGAAAACCGAACCUGUGAUUCAGAACAAAUUCUUCAGCACCAUCGGAGUCGAGACCAAGGUCAUCAAUCUAGAGGACAGACCGCAUCGUAAAAGCGACGCGGGCCUGCCUUCGGCUCGUUGCAAUAAUAUUGGUGACAAUCAGCGCAGGACCUCGGUCAGCGACAUAAAAUCAUCAGCUCAUCAAAACGGAGUCAACAGGGUGUCGAACGACAAAACCGUUCUCGACGCGGCGCAACUCCAGGCCGCUCAAGCUGAAUUCGACAACAAGUUCGGGAAUCUCAACGUGAGCAAAGAGUCCGAAAAAGACAAGAAGAUCAUCGAGAUUCAGGAGGCGCUCGAGGACCAGCGGGAGGGGUUGGUCAGUUCGGCCAGGAGAAUAUUCGAGGUUUGUGCCUCGAGAGCAUCUGCUAGCAAUAGUGUCACUUCCUCGCCGACCGUGCCCAGACGAAACUCAGUACGGAAAGAAACUCCGAAGGAAAGUGCUCCAGCCGCGAAUCCCCCUGUUCCCCAUCCUCGCUCCAGACCUCCUGACGUUCCACCCCGUAUCCCGAGGAACGUGGAAGAACAGAACAGUCCACCGGUUCCGAUGAGACUGCCCGCUAAAAAUCCCCGCAGGGUACCGGAAACACCGAAGGUCAUCCAAGAUAUCGAACACAUGCUCUCGAGUCUAACUGAUCAGUUAGAUGCAAUGCUGGACUAGUGGCUGCGAGGUGUCGCGACUCAAAACGCGGGUUCAGUAUUCGCAUCAGGACUCGGGACGUGUGGCUAACACACGAAUGAGCGAAGCUUUCUAGACAGAGACGUACCUACGUACGUAUCGUUCAUCAGGCCGUUCAACCAGUCAAUCAAUCAAUCAAGCAACCCACCAAUAAUUUUACAAUAAUUCUACGCCCCCCCUUUUGGAAAUGAGGCAGAAUAUAUUAGUUAUCGAUAGAGAAGAUAAUAUAUUGAACUCAUGGCGAAGGGAAUCACAACUACCUAUCAGAACGGAAUCCGAAUAGUUCAAUCGAGGGAUGCUAGAUAAUCAAAGUGUUGUUAACGCUUGACGAAUGCUUGGCUUGUUCUCGUCGACAAGUUGUAUCAGCAGGGGAAGACCUGACCGAAACCUCAUUUUGUAAAUUAUCGUGGAGGGAACGACGACAAUAUCCAGACUUCUUUAUCCAAACCUCUGCGGCUAAGCACGAUCAGCUUAUGUACCU